AUGCAGGCGCAAGGACCUGGGGAGCAGCGUUGUCCUGGCCAAAAACUUUUCGAAGGCAUCGCUAACUGGCAAAAGACAGACGGACCACCGGCAGCUUUAGCUCUAGUUGUCUUGCCUGAUAUUAGGUGUGGGUGGUAUUAUCGUGUUAGCCCAGUUGAUUGCUGGCUUCGCAGGCGAAAAGGUCUGGCCAAAAAACUGAAAAUGCUUAACCGCUGUCUAAUCUUAGUGCUACUGGCACCUGCCGCUCUGGCGGCCUACUUCGGCGGCUGUGAUAAUACCUACACCUUGAAUCCGGGAACCACUUACGUGGAGUCACCUUACUACCCUAGGAAUUAUCCUGGCGGAACGUCCUGCCGGUACAAGUUCACCGCUCCCCUGGAUUACUACAUUCAAGUACAGUGCACCAUCGGCCUGCCCUCGAAUAAUGGUGCCUGCACUACGGACAACUUCUGGCUGGACUCGGAGGGAGAUCUUCUGAUGCGUGGAGCCGAAAAUUUUUGCGGCUCAGGGUCCCUUUCGCGGGAGUCCCUUUUCAGGGAAUUGGUUUUCGCUUACAUUUCCACGGGCACUCAGGGUGGCAACUUCAGGUGCGUCUUGACCACCGUUAAACAGCCUUGCAAUUGCGGCUGGUCAGCCACUCAGCGGAUAACCAAUGGCGAAAAUGCUGCGGCCAAUGAAUUUCCCAGCAUGGUGGCUCUCAAGGAUGUGACCAAGCCGUACGAGAAUUCAUUUUGUGGGGGAACCAUAGUGGCUCAUCGUUAUAUCGUGACGGCUGCUCAUUGUGUUUAUCGAGUGACCCAAGCCACAAAUAUUAUUGCCAUUAUGGGCACAAAUAAUCUGAAUAGUGCUUCCAGUUCCAGGUACUUCCAGCGACAUAAUAUCCAACAGGUGAAAAUCCAUCAGAAUUAUAAUCCAGAUGUCAACAACGAUAUUGCCAUCUUGAAAACGGCCACUAAUAUUGAGUGGUCCCGUGGUGUAGGUCCUGCCUGUCUACCGCCUGUGGGAACUAUACAAACAUUUGCCUAUGACACCGUCGAUGUAAUUGGCUACGGAACCAUCUUCUUUUCGGGACCCGUUUCCAAUGGCCUGCAAAAGGUCAACCUGAUGGUGGUGAACAAUCAAGACUGUCAAACUGAAUAUUCCGAUGUGAAUAUCUACCAGUCCCAGAUGUGUACCUAUGAUUAUUCGGGCAAUAGUCGUGACUCCUGUCAGUAUGAUUCCGGUGGUCCAGUUAUCCUGCGCAAGGCCAGACAGUUCCUGGUGGGAAUCAUUAGCUUUGGCAAGAGUUGUGCGGAAUCUGCAUAUCCGAUGGGUGUUAAUACCAGGGUUACUAGUUUUGUUAGUUGGAUUCGAGAUAAUAGUGAGAACUCCAACUGUGUGGUCAGUUUGUAAAUGGAAAUAAAUUUGAUAUGAUUUGGAUUGAAUUGGA